AUGGCGGCCCAAACGGCCCAAACGGCCCAAACAUGGGCUGCUCGAGCUUCCUGCAGCGCCAAGAGCUGGGCGGCUCAGCGCCAAGAGCUCAUUUCAAAGGCUGAGGAGCGGAGAGCACACAUGGCCCACGGCCAGCUGACUGAAGAGCACACUUUCCGGCCAGCGGUGGCAGCCAGGCGAUCCCGGUGCCAUGCCUCCAAUGCAAAGUUGGCAGUCAAGACGGUGAGCACAGUGAGCACGGCCACUCAAACCGAGGCCGAAAUGCCCGAAGUGCCUAGAGCUAACUCGUCUCAAGGCCGGACACCCCGCCGGAGCAUGAGCCCCAGCUCGAGACCCCGAUCAGGGCGUCUCAGUUUGCCAACAGCAAGCUUUUUGCAGCGUGCUACAAAAGCUCCCAGCAUUCCACCAGUAUCUCCGGUAUCUGUACCGCUGCAGAAAUGGGGCCUCCAAGGCCUCCAGAAUGAGGCUCAGAGCCUAGCGGCCUUGGCAUUCGCUGCGGUUGGAUCGGUCGCAUCGCAUGCAGCGACUGCAGGGCAUGCGUUGCAUGCUUCUUCAGUGUCCCAGAACCCUCCAGACGACACAUGUGCAGUCCCCUGCAGCCCCGAGCAUGCUGGACCAGUGCCUUGCGCAGUAGACGAGGCACAAGCACGGCCACUUUGUGCACAUUCCGUGGAGGAUGUGCAUUCUAAGAUGGCUAAGGCUGCAUCGCAUCCAGAGGUGGAGAGGCCGUCUGUGAUAGCUGAAGACCCGCCAAGCGAUAGAGAAAGCAGCGAAAGCGCUGAUGGCGAAAUUCCCGCACUUCCCACUGUGCAUUUCGAGGAUGUCAGAGUGUCUCAAGCGCCUCUAGGUGGCUGUCGCGUCAGAUUCAGUCCUCCACGUCAGAUCGAUGCCCAUGAGCGAGCGGCACCCAGACAGAGAAGACCGAGCAGCUUUGCCUUUGACUCUCCGAGUUUUGCGCCCGAGUGCGUGCAUAGUUCCCACAAGUCACACAACGUUGACCCAGGCAGUGCCAUCAAGGCCAAGCCCUGCAGGUUCUCGUGGGAAGAGGUUGCGCCAGUUAGCGCAGACAGCGGCACGGGUAGCGGCGCGUCCAGUGAAGCUGAGCAGGAGGAUGUGGGUGAUAUGGGCACAGGUCCCAUUCGGUACAUGUCCUUCGUGCUUCCACGGGCCACUUCAUACAACGAGUCGCUGAAGCAACAAGCGCACCGGGAAUCAUGA